GCGUCUCGCCCCGCAGGCCCCGCACGACCCGGGCCGCACACAGCCGAGGAGGAUGCCGCGGAGGAAGCAGUCCAACCCGCAGCCGGUGAAACUGGAGUCGGAGGAUGGGGCUGUGGUGUGUGAGCCGAGCUGCCUGGUGCUGGAGAGCGACUUCCUGCUGAGCGGAGAUCUGGAGUUCGGAGACUCUGAGAUCAUGGGGCUGGAAAGAGACACUGGUAUGACGGUGUUCUCUCUGAGCGUGGAGGACGACCCCUCCGCCCCGGCCGACUCCUUCCCAGCGUUCCUCUCCUGUAGGGGGUGUGGUCAGCUGCUGGGAGACACGCCCCUGGGGGCCGGAUUGGAUCUCGGCGUGGGUCUGGACCUGGGGGUGGAGCUUUACUGCCUGAGCUGCGAGGAAGGCGUCCACCACGCGGCGUCCAUCGACUCGUCCCCGGUGUCCAACCUGCUGGACGCCUCCAUCGGCGGGCGCUCUGACAGGAAGAGGAGGAGCCUCGGUAAGACGGACGCCACGGGCGACGUCCCGGCGAAGCUGUACUCGUGCUCGCUCUGCAGCUUCACCACCCGUUACUCCAACCACCUGAAGCGCCACAUGAAGACCCACGACGGCCAGAAGCCGUACCACUGCCCCGUCUGCCCCUACGCCUCCGCCCAGCUGGUCAACCUGCAGCGCCACGCCCGCACCCACACCGGGGAGAAGCCGUACCGCUGCCUCACCUGCAGCUACGCCUGCAGCUCCCUGGGCAACCUGCGGAGGCACCAGCGCAUGCACACGCAGGAGAGGCCUCAGAGGAGAGAGAAGGAGAAACGACGAGGGAGGCGGAAAAAGAAGAACGCUCAAACUGAAGAAGUGGUGUCGGACCUGACGCUGCGGGUGUCCCAGGACUCGGGGUUCCUCCACACGCUGGGGGCCCUGGGCUCCCCCUCGGCCCCGCUGCCGGUCCUUCUCUUCCCCCUCUGCUGCCGGCUGUGUGGCCUCACCCUGGAGGAGGCCGACCUGGACGGGGACAAGGGGGACGGCGAGGGGGACGGGGACGGAGGACAGGUGUGUCGGCGCUGCUCGCUGGACUCUCUGUCUAAAGAUGGCUCCGCCCCCUGCGGCCCCCCCGAGUCCCGAGGAUCCCGGCGAGGUCCGCGAGGCACCAAGCUGUACCGCUGCCCCCACUGCCCCUUCCUGUCCCACUACCCCAACCACCUGGCCCGCCACGCCCACACCCACUCCGAGGAGAAGCCCCACCGCUGCCCCCACUGCUCCUACACCUCCUCGCACCUCGACAACCUGAAGCGCCACAUGCGCGUGCACACGGGCGAGAAGCCGUACCAGUGCCCGUCCUGCAGCUACGCCUGCGGCAACCUGGCCAACCUGCGGCGGCACGAGCGCAUCCACUCGGGCGCCAAGCCCUUCCACUGCGGCGUCUGCGGCUACUCGUGCAACCAGAGCAUGAACCUGAAGAGGCACAUGCUGCGGCACACGGGCGAGAAGCCGUACGCCUGCGCCGAGUGCGACUACACAACCGGUCACUGGGACAACUACAAGCGGCACCAGAGGAAACACGGCCACAACACGGACAGCUGGGACAAGCACGCGCCCGUCAACGGCCUCAGCUGGAGCGGAGACGGACAGGAGAGCGAGAGUCAGGGACAGGAGCACAGCUAGAGACCAGUGUGUGUGUGUGUGUGUGUGUCUCUGUGUGUGUUUGUGUCUCUGUGUCUGUGUGUGUGUGUGUGGGUGUGUUGUGUAAACACUGGUGAACCUCCAGCUCAGGUUGGAGUUAAUCUCAGGUGCCUUUGACAGACUGAUGCUGCACUGACUUUAUACAGGGGCAUUACCGUGCACGUGUGAGUGUGUGUGUGUGUGUGGGUGUGUGCACGUGUGCAACCCACACACACUCACACGCACAAUGCAGUGAAAAAAACUCCAGGUUUGAAACUUUUCUUCAUUUCACAGAAUCAACAAGAAUCUGAACUGAAAUCUUUAUUUUUUGCUUCAGCAGAUAAAAUAUAUUUUAAUAAUGUGGAUCUUCACGUUGGUGGAUCUUCUUCUUCCGAGGAGCUGAAGUGGAUUUAAUAUUUUCAGUUUUGUUGUCGUGUUUUUAAACCGACUGAGGUCAGUUUCCUCUUGUUGACAGAUUCUGUCGCUUCUCGUUCAGGCUCAGAAAUCUGCCUCGUUAAAAACAUCUCAAUGUGGAAACUGUGAAUUUAUCAGACUUAGAGAUAUUCAACAUUAAAAACAUUAUAUUUGACAAA